ACUGCCUUUUUCAAUUUUCAAGAGAUGGAGAGCUUAUAUUGCUAGGUUAGGUAACACGACAGUGAUAGUGUGUCUACUGCAGUACUCGUCUGCUCAGGGCACUACUCUACUGAUAACUUAUUUAUGACACUCGUCGCUGGAACACUUGAAGCAGUCUAGAAUCUAUUGAUUGAUCUAGACAAACACAGAAAUAGUGAAAUGUUGGAAAAAAUUUUCCAACACCAUAUUGGUACUGCAGCAUGGCAUAUUCCUCUCUGGACAAUAUUGGCUGCUGGAUUAGGUGCUGCAUAUUUAAUAUAUCGUAGAGGUGAAGGUCAGAGCUUUAAAAAGAGCAAAUCUUCAGGUGUGGAGUCGCCUAAAAAAAUCAAUCAGAAACAAAAAAGACAAAUAAAAAUUUUUGUUGGAUCUCAAACUGGAAAAGGAAAGAAAUUGGCAGACAUUUUGAAGUCAACAAUAGAAGCAGAAGGUUACAGCACAAGUGUUUUAGAGUUAUCUCCUUCUUAUGAUCAUGAAAGUCUUUUUUCUCUAGAGGCUGAAGAAGGGAGUAUCAUUAUUUUCUUGAUAUCAACCUACACCGAGGGCAAGCCCCCAGACUCUGCUAAAGACUUUUAUAUGUGGUUAGAAGAUGCUGCUGAGGAUUUUCGAGUAACCAAAGCAACACUUGAUGGUCUUCAUUAUGCAGUUGUGGGCCUUGGAAAUUCAUCAUAUCCAGAACAUUUUAAUAGUGUUGCUAAAAAUGUUGAUGCCUGGCUGCAUACUCUGUCAGGAAAUAGAGUGCUUCCAUUAUGUCUUGCUGAUGAAAAUGUUGUGAAUAGUAAGAAUAAAGGUUUAGAGGAAGACUUCAAUGCUUGGAUGGAAGCCUCUUUAAAGAGUAUCAAACGCGCCAUUCAUGGUCGUCAAGUAACAGCCAAGAACUGUGAAGACACCUGCACUAAACAAUGCAGCUGUAAGACUAAGAAAGAAAAUGGAGAGGCAGGAGAUGGAAAGUGCAGCAGCGAUGAAGAAGACACCUGUGAAGAAUCUGACGAGGAAUCCACUCCAGCACCUAAGCAUGACGUUAUGGACUUGGAAGAUCUUGGCAACAUGAUGAAACAGUCAAAGGAAGCCAAAUUAAUGAACGGUGGUGUUGGUAAUCAAGGGGGAGGUGAUGGCCCCCGGGAAAUGAUCACCCCACUUCUGAGGGACUCAUUAGAGAAGCAAGGCUACAAACUGAUUGGCUCACACUCGGGUGUGAAGUUGUGUCGCUGGACGAAGUCCAUGCUGCGAGGAAGGGGAGGCUGCUAUAAGCACACUUUCUAUGGCAUCGAGAGUCACAGAUGUAUGGAGACAACACCCAGUCUUGCUUGCGCUAAUAAAUGUGUCUUCUGCUGGAGGCAUCAUACAAAUCCAGUUGGAACAGAAUGGAAAUGGAAAAUGGAUGAUCCUCAAACUAUAUUUGAUGGGGCAAUCGCCAAUCAUGUCAAAUUAAUCAAGCAAUUUAGAGGUGUUCCAGGAGUGAAACCUGAGAGAUUUGACGAAGCCAUGAAUGUUCAACAUUGUGCUUUGUCACUGGUAGGGGAGCCGAUCAUGUAUCCAGAAAUUAACAAAUUUGUGGAGCUCUUGCACAAGAGAAACAUUUCAAGUUUCCUGGUAACCAAUGCCCAGUUUCCUAAAGAGAUUAGAGAUCUAGUUCCAGUCACACAGCUGUAUGUCAGUGUUGAUGCUGGUACUAAAGAAAGCUUAAAGAAAAUAGACAGGCCAUUGUUCAAAGACUUCUGGGAGAGAUACAUUGACAGUCUCACGGCCCUUAGAGACAAAGGACAGAGGACAGUCUACAGGCUGACACUGGUCAAAGCCUGGAACACUGAGGAACUGGAGAAUUAUUCCAAGCUUGUCGAUCUUGGAAAUCCAGACUUUAUUGAAGUCAAGGGUGUCACUUACUGUGGUGAGUCCAAAGCUUCAACUUUGACCAUGGACAACGUUCCCUGGCAUGAAGAGGUGGUCAGAUUUGUCACAGAGCUGGCCAACAGGUUACCAGAUUAUGAAAUUGCUUCAGAACAUGAGCAUUCCAAUUGCUUGCUUAUAGCUCACAAAAAGUUUAAAGUAGAUGGCCGCUGGUGGACAUGGAUAGACUACCCAACAUUUCACAAACUGUGGCGUCGCUAUGAAGAGUCUCGUGGCCAGGAGACAUUCACUGCAGAAGACUAUAUGGCCCCGACACCAAGCUGGGCCAUCUAUGGCUCCAAUGAACAAGGAUUUGAUCCAGAAGAAACAAGAUUUCACCGCAAAAAACAGAAAGCUCAAAGUCGUGAUUAAAAUCGUGUUAGUCUAGAGAAUUUAUCCUGUACAUUCUUUCCCUUUUAUCUAUUUUUAAUGCAGACUUUGAUAUUAUUUCUACAAUUAUUGUGAUGAAACUGAUAUUCUCACAAAAGUUUUGAAUGAAAAGUAAAACUACAAUGUUUAAAUCUAUUUUUCCUUUGUUCAAUAUCUUUUUUUUUUUUUUUGCAUGCAUUUAUUAAUUUACCGGUACUGGUACCAUUAAGGCGUUGCCAGGGUAAUUUUAAGUAUAAAAAAUUUCUUCAUGUUUUGUUUUUGGUCACUUUAAAAAGUUGUGAGUAUGAUGUGUUGAAUCCUACUUGAAAGAUACAUCAAAGAAAUAGAUUUUAAAUUCAAAAAAUAUAUUUUGUUUACAUCCUUAUUCGAAGUACAGAUUUUACAAUUACCUUGUUUGUAAUACUGAAUGAAAUAUACUAAUGAAAUACUCAGAAAGACACAAAGAUAGAGGCACAUUUCUUAUUCCACACGCUAGUAGAAAUUCGUAUAAGUGCCAUUAGAGAAUCGAAUGGGAUGAAUCAGGAAAACCAAUGACUUAGAAGAGUCAUUGAUUAACAUGCAUGACUAAAUUGACACAUGUUAUGGGCAGGACGUAAUUAUCUGCUUGAAGUGACAUCUGUAAUGUAUAAGGUAAGAUACUGUUGAUGAUUAAUUAUCUUCUGGAAGUAACACCUGUAAUGUAUAAGAUAAGAUACUGUUGAUGACAAAGUGAGCUCCAAUUGGUUUAUUAUCACCAUGACGCUAGAUAAAAAUGUUUAAAUGUUGAUUUUAUUUUUUUUAAUUCCCAUUGCAAUUGUUGAUAUAGAAAUGAUAACCUUGUUUAAGAAGUUAUUCUUGACUCAGGGUGAUCAGUUUUUGUUUGUCUGUGUUUUUCUGAUAGUUGGGUUUUUAAAGUGUAAAGAUUAUUAUUAUUAUUUUUAAAAUAUAAACAUUAAGCGUACUGAUAAUUAUUGUUUCAUAUAACAUAGUGACAUAACAUUGUUUUGUUUCGUUCUGUUAGUUUCUGGAUAGCUGUUGAAGGAAGUUGACAGUCCAAAGUGCAUACCAUACACACCCUGGCCAAAUAAAAAUUGUGGUCUGUGUUAGAGUUGUUAAAAUUUAUCUUUAGUGGGAUUUGUGGCUGAUAGGUCAAAACCAUUUAGUUAUGGCUAGCUACCUAACAAAGGGGGAGGGGGGGGGGCUCAAGUUUGAAUCCCGACUAAGCAGAGUUGUGUUUGCUGAACGCCUAAACCACAGCAUGGAAACUUUCUUCCAGAUACCCUCCUCCCCAACUGGUUAAGAGAUAAGACCAUAGCUCACAGACAAAAAAAAAUCAUGUUUCAUGAAUGUGUUAGUGUUAAUCUUUUCCUAAUCUGUUUCACUGCUUCUGAAGGUGACUUGUACAGCCUCAUGCUGGUACUGUUUAGCAUUGCGUUUAUGACAGUCUAAGAGUAGUCUAUGUAGAGGAAAGUUUUUCUUGAUUAUCUCUAAACCAUAUUGGAAUUACCACAACUGAAUACAAAUAUUUGUAUUCUUUAAAAUAGAAUAGAAGAGUAUUUAUUCCGAGCAAAUCAGUGUUUAAACAUUGCUUGGGUUUGAAAUGUUCACGGAUUUUUCCUAUUUGUCUUUUUAAAAUGGUAUGGUGUUUGAAAGAGUAUUUUGAUCUUUGUUUUUGUCGAUGACCGAACACGAUUUAUAAACUUUUUUUCUUAAAGUACGUUAUUUUGAGAUGUUGACUUGCCAUUGAAUGAAUCCUGUUUAAUUUAGAUGUCAAAGGUGCUAGUGCAGGAUGUAUGUAUGCAUGAAAUCUAAUGAUUUUUUUUUUUGACUUUGUGCCUACUGGUAGGCUUACAGUAAUUCUAAGAAAAUAAAUGUUUUGACUUAUUCCAGCCUCUGAAUGUGAUUGUUUGUAAUGGUAUCCUGCAUUAUGUUUUUUGCUAAGUUCAUCUCAUUGGUUGUGUUGCGCCUAUCUAUUUAAUACAAAAUAAAAAGCCAGUGACUUCACAGAAAUACUUGUUAUUCAUUAGCCCAUAACUGUUCACCUUAUUCUUGUAAGGUCAAGACAUAGUUGGUUUGUUUAUAUUGUUCAUUUCCUGACUGACCCUAAGCAUUAACACUGUCUAGGUGUAGACAGAUGCAGUGCUAAAAAAAAACCCAACUAUUCUUGAAACUAAUCCUCUUUGUCUUUAGCUCUGUAUUAAACAUGAAAUUCCCAGAAUCACCAAACCAGCAUGAUUUUAAAACCCCCAUCUUUCUUUCCCAUUCUACUAAGUAGUUAGUAGGCCUACUUGGGCUGUACCUAAUGCAAGAUGAGACAGCUUGUUCUACUGUAAACAGAAAUUUUGUUUUUGUCUUAAGGUGUGUUACCUUACUAAGGACAAUAUAUCUUUUUAUGUGCUGACUUUUACAGCCCUUGCCACUAGACUAAAGUCUUUAUGUUUGAUAUAAUGUUUAUCUCACUGGCAACAGACGUUGAUAAUGGAACUGGAACGCUUCACCACAUAACACAUUCAAAUUUAAAAUUAAUAAAAAUGAGUACUCCCUAAGACAACUAUUUCUUAAAAACAAUUACUCCCCUAAGUUUUCUUAGCAUAAAAAUUUAUUUUUUUUUCUCUAAAUUUUCAAUACUCUUAAGGUAGGUAAUGUGUUUUGUGGUGAAGUUCUUCCAAUAAUGUGCCAACUGAAAACUGUUCUUAAGAAUCAAAUGAUUGAAUUAAACACACUUAAAAAUCCAAA